CCCCGCGUGUAGAAUUACACCGGGUACGAUGUUGUUAAAUGUAUGGUUGGAAGUUUCAAUGUUCUAAUGAUUAGAAAUGGUGAGCACUUAUGGUGAUAUUUUCAGUGGACAAUCCAUUGGUAUAAUGCCUUUCCCUAUUCUCUUUGAGAUCACACCACAAACGAUAGUCCGGUACACUAAAGUUUUCGUUGGAUUCGGGUUCGGGGAAGGGUCGAACCAUUAGGGUUUACCGUGCACAGUCUUAUCUUGCAUCUAUUUCCACGUCUUGAAUUCUUGACUUCCUGAUCAACCUUUAAUAUUUUUGAUUCUUUAGUGACCUCAUACCUUUCUUAUAAAUAAAAAAGGUGCAGCAUGGUGCAUUAAAAUUCUCAAUAUGCGCAUGGUUGGGGAAAAAUUGAAUCACAAGGAUCUAUUGAACACAACAUCACCUUAAUGACAUUCUACAAAUGACGUGCUUUAUAUUUAUCCUAAAUUUCAUUUAAAAUAUCUCUAAACUUAUUUGUUAACGUUCGUUUGUGCCCUGGCUAAGCAGUGGGCAUCCAUUACUAAGAGAAUGCAAUCCAAUCCAAUCAUGGUAACACAAAAGUAAGUCGUGAGAAGCACAAUUAUUCUGUCAUAUUAAUAAGCUUGUUAACCGGGUCAAUAGUCAACUUUAUACCAACCAAUCUUCCGAAAAAUAAACCUUAAUCUUCCCAUAAACUCGCUCUAUCACAAAAACCAAACAUCAUCAUUUCUUCAUACCAAAUUCUCAAAUCAAUUUUGUUCCUUUUUCUUGAUUCCUCUCUCAUUUUUUUUUCAUCACUCAUACCCAUAUUGUUUGUUGCAUUAUUAUUUUCCAAUCUCAACAUUCUUGAAACUUUGUUAAAAAGAAAAAAAUGGUGAAGAAUCACCUCGAUCAAAAUGGCAGCCCGAAACCACCUCGCAGCCAGGAGGAGUUAGAGCAUUCGGAUGUUAAGAAGUUAUCGGAAGAUAUCGAUCAAUUCAUUGAUGUACUUUCCGCGUGUCAUGAUAAAUCGAAUCCCCCUGAGGUACCUGAAACCGUUGAGACAUUCUCCAAAAUCAUCGAUUCUAAGAUUCACAAGCACAAUACUUGUGAACGGGAGGAGGACAACUUUUUGAUAGAAGCGGUGUCACGUUUAUCCAAACUGACUAAUUCGUUUAGUGAAUUUCCGUCAGGUUCAACGACCACAAGGUCGUUGAAUAGAACGAGCAUGGUACUGCAACGGGCCAUGACUUUCAUGGAAGAAGACUUGAGAAUGUUGUUAGAAGAUAAAAAUUCCUCCUUCAAUUCAAAUAGGCUGUUGUUAGUAGAUGGGGAUCAAUGUGUUUUGACCCUUUCGGAAUCUAGUGGUGGUGAUGAGGAAUAUCCCUCGUUUCCUCCAGCUACGUUGACAAGAAUGAAUCGAAUUGCCUCUGCCAUGAUCUUGGCUGGCUAUGAAACAGAAUGCUGUCAAGUGUACUCAAUAUCGAGAAGAAACGCAUUUUGUGAACAAAUGAAAAAGGUUGAAUUCGAGAAGAUAAACAUGGAGGAUGUUCAAAGAAUGCCAUGGAACUCUUUGGAAGGAGAAAUGACAAGGUGGAUCAGAGUUGUAAAAAGUUGUUCGACGACUCUGUUCCCCGGUGAAAGGAGACUCGGGGACUCUGUUUUCUCCGAGUCACCAAAGAUUUCUGAAAGCCUGUUUAGCAACCUUGCGCGCGCUGUCGUCAUCCAGCUUCUUGACUUUGCUGAGGCUGUAACACUGACCAAACGCUCCGCGGAGAAGCUGUUCAAAUAUCUAGACAUGUAUGAAGCUAUGCGCGAUCUCAUUCCAACUAUCAACAUGUUGUGUUCAAGCGAAUGUGAGAACAACGAAUUGAAUUCCGAGAUACAAGCUACUGCAGACAGGUUAGGUGAAUCAGCUCUGAGUAUAUUCUGUGAUCUCGAGAAUUCCAUUAAGAACGACGUAGCAAGGACCCCUGUCCCCGGUGGUGCAGUGCACCCCCUAACGCGUUACGUCAUGAAUUAUCUAAAAUAUGCUUGUGAGUACAAAGUCACCCUAGAGCACAUUUUCCAGCAACAUGUAAAAUUAGAUGGAUCAAAUUCCAAUCCCCCUGUCAAAUCGAAACCAACAUUGGAGGUGGCAGAAGGAGAGAGCGAAAGCCCGCACUCUUCUGAAACAACAGUAGCAUCCGGGACAACACCAUUCUCCAUACAGCUCGUCACAAUAAUGGACCUUUUGGACACGAAUCUUGAAGCAAAAUCGAACCUUUACAGAGACCACGCGUUGCAUCACAUCUUCUUAAUGAACAACGGCAGGUACAUUUUACAAAAAGUAAAAGGAUCGACGGAGAUACACCAAGUGAUGGGCGAUACAUGGUGCAGGCGACGAUCCACCAUAGUGAGGCAGUACCACAAGAACUACCAGAGGGAAACAUGGGGUAAAGUACUGCAAAUACUAAGCCACGAUGGAAUGCAAGUGCACGGUAAAGUGGCGAAGACGACAGUGAAAGAGAGGUUCAAAAAUUUCAACGCCAUGUUCGAUGAAAUUCACAGGAGUCAGAGUAGUUGGAUUGUGAGCGACGAGCAGCUCCAAUCGGAGCUUCGAGUUUCUAUAUCAGCUUUGGUUAUUCCAGCUUAUAGAUCAUUUUUUGGGAGAUUUAGACAGUAUUUGGACAAUGCAAAGCAAGCAGACAAGUACAUAAAGUACCAGCCAGAGGACAUUGAAACAUUGAUUGACGACUUCUUUGAUGGUAAUACAACAUCAAUGGCCCGGAGGCGGACAUAAUAGUGGUGAUAUUGCAGAAUGACUGAUCAACUAGUGACCGCAGUUCAGAUUUUUGUAUUACCCAUUAUUAAUUGUUGCAUUUCAUUUCAUUUCCCCUCUUUAUAUAUUUCAAUCUUACUGAACUUUUUUCCUA